AUGAGCGAGCGUGAGGAAAAACCUAAGGCCGUAGAGUCCUUGGCUGCCCACUCUGGAGUGCGUACCUUGCGCGAGCUGGAGGAGCAGGAGAAGGAACAGCUUCGAAGGGCACUUUACACUGAUCCAUUGGCAGAGGAGAGUAGGGCUUUGGAGGAAAAAUUAGCAACGGAGGACACGGCGAACCAGGCAAGAGAGGCACGAAAGGAGUUUAACCAGGCAACAAUGCGUCCAAUGAGUGAGAAAAUGAAGGGGUUUCGUGGUUUUAUGUGUCUAUUGGGCAGCGUACAGUCCAAAAAUGUGGUUGAUGUGUUUAUUUUUACAACAGCAGCCAUGUUCACAAUUCCCAUUGUUGUGCUUCUUUUUGGUAUGCACGUUGUGGCGCCGUAUUUUGGAGCCGAUUCGGGCGUCUGUGGUGGGUUUAUGGCUUUGGGGUCCACUAUCGCGAUCAUGGCAAUGUACGUCAUUUAUGCCUUUUGGGAGCCUUUUAUGGGUCAAUCCACGGCGGGAAUGAUCGCUCAAGAAAAGAAGCAUCAGUAG